AUGGACUCAUCAUGCGAGCCCAAAGGCAAGGAGGCAGCCAGCGAGUAUGAGGUAGCUCAGGAUGCUGCAGGUCACUCGAACGAACCCAUCUUAAUGACUACCUCCUUAGAGGGUCUUCAAAGCACAGAACAGCGCGACCUAAUGAAUUUGGUCGACCGCCUGCGCCGUGCGGGACUAAGUUCGGUUCUGCAGCUACCACAGAUUGUGGUCUGCGGUGAUCAAUCCUCCGGCAAGAGCUCUGUGCUUGAAGCCAUUACAGAAAUUCCGUUUCCACGAAAGGAGAACCUCUGCACCCGCUUUGCAACAGAGAUUAUUAUGAGACGCGAUGUGGAAUCGACCAUUCUUUGCAAGAUCAGCCCUGACAGUAGCCGUGCUGAGGAAGAACAACUCGAACUUCGCAAGUUCUCACGGUCGAUCGAAGAUUUUGCAGAGCUUCCUUCUCUCAUUGAUGAGGCCACCGCUGCCAUGGGCCUGAACGAGUCCAAAGCGUUUUCAAAAGAUGUCUUGAGCAUUGAAAUUUGCGGACCAGACCGUCCUCAUCUUACCUUGGUCGAUCUUCCAGGGCUUAUACAUUCAGCCAAUAAAUCGCAAUCAGAGGAGGACGUCGAGCUCAUCAAGUCUCUAGUUGAAGAUUACAUCUCUCAGAAACGCACCAUUAUCCUAGCAGUUAUCUCGGCCAAAAAUGAUUACGCAAACCAAGUGAUCCUCAAGAACUGCCGAAAAUUUGACCCCAAGGGUGCACGAACCCUCGGUGUCAUCACGAAACCAGACUACCUUAGACCAAAUUCAGAAAAUGAGAGCGUAUGGCUUGACUUGGUGAAGAAUCGAGAUAUUUACUUCGAACUUGGAUGGCACUUGUUAAAGAACCGCAGUGAUGACGAACAUCAAAUAUCCUUCACGGAGCGUAACGUGAAAGAGCGCGUCUUUUUCAGUUCUGGGAGAUAUCAGGAGCUUCCCCAACAUAUGAAAGGCAUCGAUUCCCUUCGUGAACGCUUAAGUGGGCUUCUAUUCCAUCACCUGAAGCGGGAACUCCCGGUUCUCAAAGAGGAGCUUGAUAACAUGGCAAGCGCGGUUCGCCUACAACUUCAGUCUCUCGGCAAAAGCCGGGUCACGCUAGCUGAGCAACGAGCAUACUUAGCAGAACUUUUUGGCUCAGCCUACGAUAUAGUGGUGAUGGGAUUGAAUGGAAAUUAUGAAGCUGGCUUCUUUGGUGCGGUCAAUCUCAAAGCGACUAUUGAUGGGAAGGAAAAUUCCCGACGGCUCAGGGCAGCGGUCCAGCACCUGAAUAUUCGAUUUGCAGAGCGUAUGAAUCUGAGGGGCCGUAAAUAUCACAUUCAGGAGGAUGACACGGAGCCCAAUUCUGACGAGCCAGAACAAGAUGAUUCGACCAAGCCAGAUGAGCCAACUCCAUCAAAGCCUCAAAAACUGUCCUGUAAAGCAGCCAUUCGACGAGUGGUCAAGAUACUAGAACGAAGCCGCGGCUGUGAACUUCCAGGGACUUUCAAUCCCAUGCUUACAAGCCAAUUGUUCUGGGAACAAUCCGAGGGCUGGGGAGCCAUAGCGCAGGGCCAUAUCAAUAAAGUCGCGGCUGUAUGUAAUACUUUCUUGCUCCAUGUCCUAGACCAUGCCGCGGCCCCAGAGAUAAAAAUCCGGCUUCUGAACUUGACAGUUGGUCCUGCCUUGAAAAACGCUCGUGAAGCUGCCUUCAAUGAGUCCAGACAAAUUCAAGAAGACAAGAGACGGCAUCCUAUCACAUACAACCACUACUUUACAGAUACCCUGCAGAAACUUCAGCAAAAACGGUCCACCUCUGGCAUCGAAAGGGCAAUUGAGAAAUCAAUGAUGAACGCCAGUCAAUUGAAGCGGAACAGUCUUGAUUACCAAACCAAGGCUUACAUUGAUCCUGAUACUUUACGCAGUAACCUUUGCCACGAUGUCGAGAGGGAUAUGGAUAGUUUUUCCGCCGAACAAGCGCUUGAAACUCUUGACGCAUAUUACAAGGCCGAGCUGAAAUACUUCAUCGACGUGGUCGUGAAGCAGGUUAUUGAGCGCCAUCUGGUUGCACCUAUUGCCGGAGUUUUUGCACCGAAGGUGCUAGUCCACUACAGCGACAAAGAUAUCCAUUUCCUUGCUUCUGAGCCACCCGAAGCGGUGCGGCUGCGAGAGCACCUGGAGAACAAGAGCAAGAUGCUGGCAGAAGGCCAGGAAGCUUUUUACAUGGCGAUGGGUCAGGAGCGACUCUCCCAUCCGAAGGAGGAUCUUGAACUAUUCCUCGACAAAUUCAACAUGAACCCUCAAAGUUCCAAGUCGCUAGGCCUCGACUUCCUGCCAACAGAGCUAAAGUGCUCCAUCCUGAGCCAGAUGCCUGACCUGAAAACACUGCUUGCUUUGAUCAGUGCCUCUCCGCGAUAUCUCCAAGUUUACAGUCAGUCCUCGAAGCGGCUCAUACUGUCUGAUAUAGCAUGGAAUUAUGUUACCCCUCAGCUGAUGCCAAUCGCACUUCAUUGCCUGGAGUCAAGCAGAUUAUCCAAAGGGCAGCACCACGAUAAUGCUGCUAUUUCCUGGUUCAUAAACCAAGUACCACAGUUCGAUGAAUCAGCAAGGGAGAUUCUUCCACUGAACACUUCACUGAAACUUAUCCAAUUCCGUGAUCUGGUCAAUUACUUCAUGUCAGAUUUUGUGACCAGCCGACUUGCCAUGAUCGAAGAUCGCAUAUAUUGGGAGCGCUGGGGGAAUCAUCGCAUAGGAACCGACGUAAUGCAACCGCAUGAAAACUCCAAGGACGAGAGACCCGGCCCAAAGCUCUCCCGUGUUUUAUCAACAACCGAACGCAUCAGGCUGACCAGGGCAUUUUACCAUAUUGAGCUCUACGGGUACCUCCUCUACGAUAAGGUCAUCCGAAAAUGGACCUAUAUCCGUGUUCUACAAAAGCUACAUGACUUUGAGCUGGACGAGUUUCUCUGCGUGGCGAGCUACCUCUCGAGGCGACUGCAGGAGUGCAUACCUGCGUUGAGAGAGAUUUUGCAUGAGAUCGUGACUUCGCUACACCAUAGAGGCGAUCCCGGGCUGUUCGAUGAUAAUCAUUCAAGAUCGGCGGAGAACUUUGUGAUCGCGUAUCUCACGAGAGGACUAAAGACAAUGAAGGAUAUGUUUUCAGUAGAAACAGGGGAGCGCGGGCUGGACGCGCUUGGAGACCUCGUAACUCCAGAAUACAACCUGCACCAUUGUUUAUUCAAAAUGUCAUCUCAAGUUUGUCAAAAUAUGCUGAGAGAACUGAUGCCCAUCUGCGCCGUUGAGUUUUAUGGUAAAUCGGAAAGCCGCAACUUCGCGUGGGCACUGCAACUAGACGGUCGAGCUCGCGGCCGUUCCGACCUUGGGAAGUGCUAUGAUCGAGGCCGCGCUCUGGCAUUUUCACGGCAGUGUGGAUGUCCAAUAUGGGACCAAGAUAGGCUGGAAUCUAUUCGUGAGAGCGUACCAGAUGGCUGUCAGAAAAUGGCGAUCACAAUUCUACCUCCUACCUUCGAGGGGGACUAUCGAAGCGCAUCUGAAGAUGAACUACAAGACUCCGAUGAAGAGAUGACUAUGGGUGAUAAUGACAGACCGACGAAGAGAGCCCGUCUAUCCGGCAUAAAAGAUACCAUCGUCACACCUGGCGAAAUAGUCACUGACGACCCGCAAUGGAUGAGAGGUCACGGAACUUUCACACCUGCUGUGCCAGUGACGACAAAUAUAAUAGCCACCGUAGCCGGCACGGUAUUAAAAACGAAUAAGCUCCUCUCCGUCUACCCGCUUCGCGCCCGCUAUACUCCUGAAAUUGGUGACCUGGUUGUUGGACGAAUUGUCGAAGUCCAAUCUAAGCGAUGGAAGGUUGACGUUUCCGCUCCUCUGCUGGCCCAGCUACCUCUUUCCGCCAUAAACCUGCCUGGUGGGAUUCUACGUAAGCGUACUGCCGCGGAUGAGCUGCAGAUUCGCUCAUUCUUUAACGAAGGAGAUCUCGUUGUGGCGGAAGUACAGAGUGUCCACGGAGAUGGUGCCGCAUCGUUACAUACAAGAUCAUUAAAGUAUGGGAAACUGCGAAAUGGACUGUUUUUGGCUGUUAGUGGGAUGGGAGGAGGGAGUGGGACGGCCCGGGGUACUGGUGUUGUCAGGUCGAGACGACAGGUAUGGACAGUUGAGACGGCGUAUGGUGGACCAAUCGAUGUCAUUCUGGGCGUGAAUGGAUAUAUCUGGAUCUCCAAGCAUGUUGGCGACCCUUCAGAGGAAGAUGGGAGUGGAUCGAAAUCGAAACAGGUGUCAUUUACGCGGUUGGAGGAUAUGGUUAGUGCAUCGAUGUAUUCGAGCCAGAACGACGAGAUUUCGCUGGCUACGAGGAAGGAAAUUACGAGGAUAGCGGGGUGUAUUCGUGUGCUGGUCGAGGGGGGAGUCAAGGUCGAUCAGGAUACAGUUAUGAAGGCGUAUGAAGCCAGCUUGGUUUUGGACGAUGAGGAAGACGAGGAUAGUGAUAUGGAAGGAGAUGAUGGCCAGCCAGUCAAGUCUCGUAGGGAAGGCCGGUAUUACUUGAGCGGCGAAAAGGCCAGUAGACUUAUAGCUACCGUCCUGAGUUGA